AUGAAAGCUCUUUUAGAUAAAUUUAAUAAUGAUAUUAAUUUAAUAAUAGAAUAAAAUGAUUUAGAUAAUACUCGUACUAUUUUUCUUAUGAAACUAGAUUUCGAACUACCUAAAGAGUAUUCUUCAUUAAUCACUAGCAAGGGAGACUUCCUUAUAAUUGGAGGAGGAUUAAAUUAAAAUAGAGAAUUAUGUGGAGUUAUAGAAGUGUUUGAUUAAGUAAACUAAAAUUGGUAGACUAUCGAUCCUAAUGUCUUUGAGGAAAAUAUAGAACCAGAUUUUAACAUUUAUGCAUAAGUAGGAUGCGUUAGUAUUAAUUAAGACGAAGUUUAUGUAUUUGGAGGAGUUGAUGCUAAUGGACAGAAAUAGAAAUUAAAUUAUGUUAUUAGCUUCUAAAAUGGGGAAGCUUGUAUUGAAAACAUUAAUGUUUUUGAUAUUUUGUAAGGAAGAAGUUUUAGAAAUGUUUAAUGCUUUAUUAAAAAUAACUAAGUUUUAUUUUUGGAUAAAUAGACUUUAGGGGUUUGCAGUAGUUUUGGAUGGAAUUUCUAUUGA